AAUAUUUUAUACGUUUGUCAUUUGUUAAAAAAUUUUAAUUUUUAUUGGUUCGCGUUGCUUUGCAACAAAUACCGUGCAAAAUGAUAUGCGAACCCCAUUACAAACGCGGCGGGUUCCUCAUUCACUCGUAAUUUUUAAUCAUCAUCCCGCGAUUUUUUUUUUGUGAUAAAUUAAACUGUUUUUCGUUAAAAAAAUAAUACUUUGAUACUCUUUGGUACACAGUGUUAUAGUAUUAAAUUAAAUUUCAAUCAUGCAUCAACCCACUCGAAACGAUAUCCAAGGAAGAAAUUUUCUGUUUGAACGAUCAGAUUUGAAUCGACGAACUCCCACGAUACUAUUUGAAAAAUGGGAAUUCGAGCAAGUAAAUCGUUCCAAUUCGUCAACAAAUUUUUUGUCACAGUUCAAUUUAUCUCAUAAACAAUCGAUUGAAAAUAUGUCUGACUCGUUUUAUACCCCACCGAUGGAAAAGAAAAGUAUACCAACGCCGAAAGCGCCAGUAAAGUACAAAAAACAACCUAAGAAGGGAGAUUUAAAGCCAAAAAAGUUGUAUUACACCGAUGAUGAAUUAGAUGCUUCAAAUACUAUAGAUAGCGGAAUUCAUAUUCCAUUUGACGAAUCAAAUAAUACUUUGUUUCACAAACACACAACUAAAUGCAAUAGAUUCGAUUCUUCACAAAAGCAAAUACGUAGAUUACGCGCCAAAUUAGACAGGAUUAAAGUACAAGCGAACGAUAAAGAAAACGAUAGAAAUGUUUUAGGAAACAGAUCCGUGAACGUAGUGAACAACAGAAACAAUGUAGCACAAGAAUCUUCUGUAGUAUUCAAUCCAAAUGCAGAAGAAUUAUUUCAAUAUGAUUUUAAUUGGAAAGGAAAAUUAUAUUGGUUACAACCUAAAAGGGAUAUUGGUUUAUGGAUUGAAUGCUGCAGAAAAAAUUGUAAAAAAUGGAGAUACGUUGAAGAAUAUCAUGAUCCACUAAGUGUACCCAAAAUAUGGUAUUGUGAAAUGAAUUAUGGUUUGUAUAUAUUUUUUUUUAAAUUUUAUAUAUUUUAUACAUACAUAUAUAUUAAUAUUAAUGUGUAUGAUCUCACAGAUAAAUCAAUGGCAUCUUGUAAUAUACCAGAACAUCCUAACUCAUUUGCCAUUAAAUUUAAUUUAAUUGAAAAUGCUUAUAAUGCAGGUAGUAUUGUUUGGGCACAUAUGAAAGGUUUUCCAUGGUGGCCUGGAAUAAUAAAUGAUUGUCCUGAUACUUUUACAUAUUAUAAAUUGCCUAAAAAUUCUCUUAUACCUAUUAAAUAUUAUGUUACAUUCUUUAAUGAAGAAAAACUUGAAUGUGCUUGGAUUCAUAAGCGAAGUCUUAAACCAUUUGCAACAUAUAAAUAUGAUCAAUUAAUUAAAAGGACCGAAUUUCAUGGAAUAAAUUAUAAACAAUCCUUACAAAAAGCAUAUAAAGUAGCUACGAAUGCUCUUUCAUUAUCAAUAUUAGAAAGGUUAAGAGAAUUCAGUUUUUUGGCACAGUAUGAAAAAUUUUAUGAUAUUAAUGACAAUUCAAAUCAAUUAAUCAAUAAUAUCACAAAAAGGAAAGUUUUAUUAGAAAUGGAUACAAAUUCAGAUGAUGAAAUACCCUGUUCAAAUCCCACAAAAAAGCAAUACACAUUGAAGGAAUAUUAUUUAAGAAUAAUAUGUAAAAAUCAAGAGAUAUAUUCCUAUAAAUAACUUUUUAUAGAAUUUUUGUUAGAAAUAAAAAAAUUAUAAAUAUAUCGAUAUUACAAAAUAA